AUGUCACGUAAUAAUAUCGAAAAAGUGCGUAAAUAUUUAGAUGAAUCAUUUGAUUCUACUGAAUAUUCUGAUCAAGAUGAUUCAGAUGUUGACCCAGAUUUUUCGUUACAAAGUUCGAGACAAGAUUCAUUAUCAAGAGCAGGGCCGUCUCAUACAAAUACUGGGAGUGACACGAGCAAUGAAUCGUUCGAGGUAAGCUCAAGUGAUUCAGAUAAUAAUGAUUACAAUAAUGCUAAUAAUAAUGGUAAUGAUGAUCAAUGGUAUGAGAAUUGGGAAGAUAUACCAGACUUCCAAUUUGACAGUAGUAUGUCAGGAAUAAAGCUAAAUAUACCUGAUUCCGCAAGAGAUAACCCUUUAGAGAUAUUCGAUAUGUUAUGGACACGUGAAAUCACUGAUAUGGUUGUAUCCUCGACAAAUAAUUAUGGUGUAAAAUUGACUUCACAAAGUCGUCCACAUAAAAAAAACUGUCGUAUAGCUGAGUUUAAAAAAGUUGAUGGGGAGGAAAUAAAUAAAUUUUUGGCCAUUUGUUUACUCUCUGGAUCUAUGAAAUUUUCCGUAAUCAGAGAUAUGUUCUCAUACAAUCCGCUAUAUUAUCACCCUAUCAUACCAAGAACUAUGUCGGGUAGACGUUUUGAACAGAUUUUAAGAUGUUUUAGUGUUGAAUAUUAUGACACAGAAAAAGUAAAUAGUACAAAUGAUCCAAUAAAAAAAAUUGAACCAAUUUUUAAAAAACUUAUAAAUAAUUUUCAACUAGCAUAUAUUCCAUAUGAAUGUCUAUCACUUGAUGAAUCGCUUUUACUACACCGUGGUCGCCUUUUAUUUCGACAAUAUAUGAGACUUAAAAAAGUACGGUAUGGUAUAAAGUUUUUCGAGCUCUGUACACCCGAUGGAUUUGUUCUAAACAUGGAGAUGUAUAAAGGAAAAAGAGAAGAAAUUAAAGUUGGUUCUACAUCAAAAAUAAAUAGUUUAGUUUUUCGUAUUUUGGAAGCUUUUCUUGAUAAAGGGCAUACAGUGUUUAUGGAUAAUUAUUAUAAUAGUAUAAGUCUUUCAAGAGAACUCCUAAAUCGAAAAACACAUACAACAGGAACACUACGCAGUAACCGUAAAGGCAACCCAAAAUGUGUAACCACAAAAAAGUUAAAAUCUGGGGAAUAUAUUUGGCGUCGACAAGAAAACAUUUAUGUAUCUAAGUGGAAAGAUAAAAGGGAUGUAUUAGCGAUACCUACAAAGUACCAUCCACAGCUUUUAUCAUCCAAAAAUCGAUUCGGAAAUGAAAAAAAUAAACCAAAUGAAAUUAUUCAGUAUAAUAAUAAUAUGAGUGGUAUAGAUAGGUCAGACCAAAUGGUAAAAUAUUACAGCAGCCCACGAAAACAAUCACGAUGGUAUAAAAAAGUUUUAUUUCAUCUGUUAGAUAUUACAGUGUGGAAUAGUUUUUACCUAUACAAAAAACAUUUUGGCUGCAAUUCUAUGACUUUUAAAGAUUUUCGCGAUAUUUUAAUAAAAAAUAUGAUAAACCUUCCAAUAGAUGUAACAGCUAAUCAAAUUUUUAAUGCUCCAAAAUCAAAAGAUCCAAAAAACAAACGACCAAUGUCAGAAGAAGGACAACACUAUCAAGAAAAAAUCCCAUUACCUCCACUGUAUUUUAGAAAACAUUACUUCAAAAACUGCAAAAUGUGCACAAAAAAACACGUGAGGAAACAAACCCAGUAUCAAUGUAAAGCUUGUAAUGUUCCACUGUGUCCCGGUUCAUGUUUCGAAGACUUUCACAAAAAUAUGUCAUAA